UUUGUUUUGUUUUGAUUUGUAUUGUAUUAUAUUAUAUUGUAUUAUACUGUGCGGAUGAAUAGAAUAUCUGGCAAGACAUCAGUUCUGUAAAAAUAUUAAAAUAUGUGAUAUUAUGUCUGAUAAGUGUUUGGAUUUUAAAAUUCGGUUUUUAUAAAAGUUUAUUGUUGCUUAAUUGUUCACUGAAACACACAGGUAUUUAUUUUUAUAUACUUUAAAAAUUAUUUAUUCCUGUUGAAUUUGCAAAUUUUCAAGUUUGGGGUUAGUAUUUUUUUCCCCUUUCUUUAUUUGAAAGAAAUUAAUACUUUAAUUCGGCGUUGUGUGUCCUGGUUUAUUAUUAAUUAUUGUGUAAUAACAUGUUGGCAGAGAGUUUUUCACAGACUGUCUCAGCUGUUCACACCAAUAAAAUGUGCUUAAUAUGCCACUUUACAGAAUAUCUCAGACAUCACCAUAAUAAAUGAGGUGAAAACAGGGAACUUUUGGAGACAAAGAGGCUUUUCAGCAGCUCAGUUAAACAUGAUGGUCCUGUUGUUUCUUGUGUUAAAUGCAACGAAUAUGUAACCACAUCAAAAUUCUCUAUAUUUCAACAAACAUGUUCAAGUUAUCUGAAUGUAUUGAAAGUAUUUCAGUAUAAAUUCAGUCACUUAUCUUUGAUUUUUCCAGAUGUGGUCCUGUGGGUGUCAGUAUCACACAGUGAUCACAGUUUGAUUGUUAAAGAUGGAGUUUAUUAAAGAGGAGAUUGAAGACAUGAGUAUUUCAGAACCAUCUGGAAUAAAACAAGAAGAUACUGAGGAACAAAUAGGUGUGGUGUAUGCCGGAAAGUAGCGAUCGAUGUCAUUCUCGCACGAAGAAGAAAGCGACACAGUAAACAACAAUGGAGGACAUCCAGCAGAUCUUGUUCUUGCUUCUCGGCAUGUGGCUGUUUGUCACAAGAAGAAACGACCAGAUGGAGGUGAUGGAGCAAAAACACAAACUGAAAGAAGUUAAAGAGGAGAAACAUGACUUCAAAACUCAAGAAACAAAAGCCAAAAAGCUGCACACCUGCUCACAGUGUGGAAAGAGAUUCCAAAAUAAAACAAACCUUAAUGUACACAUAAGAAUUCACACUGGAGAAAAACCGUUUACAUGCACUCAGUGUGGAAAGAGUUUCAGACAAAAAGGAGACCUUAAUAUACACACGAGAGUUCACACUGGAGAGAAACCGUUUACAUGCAGUCAGUGUGGAAAGAGUUUCAUAAAAAAAGGAGACCUUAACAAACACACAAGAGUUCACACUGGAGAAAAACCGUAUGCAUGCGCUCAGUGUGAAAAGAGUUUCAUAAAAAAAGGAGAUCUUAACAUACACACGAGAGUUCACACUGGAGAGAAACCGUAUACAUGCACUCAGUGUGGAAAGAGUUACAGACAAAAAGGAGACCUUAACAGACACAAGAGAGUUCACACUGGAGAGAAACCGUUUACAUGCACUCCGUGUGGAAAGAGUUUUUCUCAAGCAACAGGUCUCAAUUAUCAUCUGCUCUGUCACUCUGGAGAAAAGCCAUUUAACUGUGAUCGGUGUGGUAAAAAGUUUAUUUCUUCAUCACAACUAAAACAACACCUGAAAGUUCAUUCAGAUGAGAGGCCUUAUGUGUGUUCUUUCUGUGGAGAGAGUUUUUCAAGACUGGAUCAUUUUAAACAGCACCAGAAAGCACACAAUAAAGUGAGAGAUCAUGUGUGUUUGGAGUGUGGGAAGAGCUUUACUACAUCUAGUAAUUUGAAACUGCACCAAAGAAUUCAUACUGGAGAGAAACCUCACAAGUGCUCAUAUUGUGACAAGAGUUUCACUGACCCAGGAUCUCUGAAGUCACAUGAGCGAGUUCAUACUGGAGAGAAGCCGUACCACUGUACUCAGUGUGAGAAGAGUUUCAAAGAUGCAGCAAGUUUAAGACAUCAUCUGCUCUGUCACUCUGGAGAAAAAACAUUUAACUGUGAUCAGUGUGGUAAAGAUUUUAUUUCGUCAUCAAGUCUAAAACAACACCUGAAAGUUCAUUCAGAUGAGAGGCCUUAUGUGUGUUCUUUUUGUGGAAAGAGUUUUUCAAGGCUGGAUAUAUGUAAACAGCACCAGAAAACACAUAAUGAAGUGAAAGAUCAUAUGUGUUUGGACUGUGGGAAGAGCUUUAAUAGGGCUGCCUGUCUGAAAGAGCACCAAAGAAUUCAUACUGGAGAAAAACCUUACAAGUGCUCAUACUGUGACAAGAGUUUUGCUCGUUCUGGACAAUUGAAAGUACAUGAGCGACUUCAUACUGGAGAAAGACCUUUCAAGUGCUCAUAUUGUGACAAGAGUUUCACUCAGUACGGACACCUGAAAUCACAUGAGCGAGUUCAUACUGGAAAGAAACCGUACUGUACUCAGGAGAGAGUUUCACCUGAUCAAAAACUGAUUCAUAGUAAAAAAAUUAACAAACAAAUGUUCUCUUCAGAUCUAGUGCUUUCAAGUAACUAAUGUGAGAAUCAGAAAUGAAUCUCACAUUAGAUUCAAAACAAUACGUGAGUUUUUUAGAAUGUUUGCCCUUAUUGUUUCCAUGGUGACGCGUCAUGCGUGUCACAUCAAAGACUAUAGAAUAGCACAAGACGCGUCACUCGUAUUGUUUUGAAUGGGAGAAAGUGCAACCAAAGCCACUGGAAGGCAAGCCUGCAACCUUUAGCCAAAAAAGCGUAACAGCUAAUGCUAACUGGUGGUACGGGCGGUACGCAGGGAGGAGUUUUGAACGGCGACACGAUAGGCUAAGAGGGGCCGCACGUGAUUAGGUUAGCCGUUACGCUUUCUCCAAUGGUAAGAGAUACAGACCCUCUUAUCUCCCUAUAAUAAUAUGAUCUCUGGUGCAACUCGCAAUAUGGCGGAAUAAGUCCCGCCUUCUAAAUAAGAGCCAGUCUCCGACUGGGAAAGUCAUCGCGUCACUGCAGCGGCAGUUAGAAGCUCCGGUUCCUAUAGAAACAGUCAGACGCGCGCCUCCGAAAUGAGACACAAGAGACGCGCAUUUAGGACUGCGCAUGCACAUUAGCUUGACCCAGCCUGAAAAAUACAGUUUUUUUUGUCAUGAUUCGAGCGUUUAGAAACAAAAUUUAUGAGACAAUUGUUGUCAGAUUUCAUUGGUGAUUUCAUAUAUGAAAUUUAAUCGAAAGCUUGGCUAACAGCUUUGGAGAAUUUGAUGUUUCCCCAUACAAAGAGAUAGGAGCUGCACUUGAAUGCCCAAGAGGUGUUUCAAAGAUGGCCGCCGAGUGAAAUGACUUGUAUUAAAGGGACUUUGGUCACAUACGCUGAACGCACCCACAAUAACACUGUAUUACAGAUGGAUCGCUAUUAUUUUGUUUUUCCUUUUUUAUUUAAAAUAUUCACGAAACUUCUUACUAUGUCAUCAACUAUCUGAUAUUCCGAUUCUCAAAUAUGUGUAAGUGAGAGUGUUUUAACAUUUAAAAACCUUUAUAAAUGAUCUUAGUUUGCCCGGCUGUUCGCAGUUGGAUUUACAGCAGGUGAAUUCAUCAGUUUCUCCCGAAAUAUAUGCAAGUACUGUAAGUGGCUGGUGAACUGGAAGAAUAAUAGAGUAAACUUUAUAGUUACUUAGGCCCAUUAUGUGUGUCUGAUAUUAAUAAAUGUCAGAAAAUUAUAUUUGAAUGGAUUGUUAUUGCUGCUUCCACUGAUGUCUGACAUUAGUGUGUAUUUUAUAAACUCUAAAUUGUUUUACUGGUGCUUAUGCGUAUUUAAAUGUCUGAAACCUUAAAUAAAAAAAACAUUAUGUGUCUGAAAACACUGCAUAGUUGUGAUAUGACAAGUGCUGAGCGUGUCUGUCUCGCAGCCAAAGCGUGAAAGCACAGUUUGAAUCUGGCAGUUAUGUGACGUCGCUGAACGUUUUAAAUCCCAUAUGUGGGACCGUACCGCUCAAAGGGUUAAUCAUCAUUAAUUAUUAUAUCCUUAUGCUGCCUUAUUCUUUUACAUGUUAUUGAUUACUUUAAUCAUUUAUUUUUCUACUAUAUGUUUGAUUAUUUCCAAAUGUUUCUCUUCUGUGCUGAAAGAUCUAGUUGGUGUAUUUUCCAUCAGAAUUGAUUACGUAGCGUACCUUUGUAUCAAAAUAUGUCUGUUUCCAUCUCUGCAGAUAUGAGAUAAUGUAAGAUUAUUGAUAAUCUCUUAAAGGUUUUAAAGGUGUCAAAACCACACCUCAUCUAUCUGCAUUUCCGUAGCAUUUCACCGGUCAUGCCGAAUAUGAAAUAAUGGAUUAAAGUCUGUUUGACCUUUUCUUAUCAGACCAAACCACAAGUUCAGUUUGAGUUAAUUUUGAGUUUUGUUGUAAAUUGCCACUUUAAUCACAAACUUCAUGAUCUCAUUGAGGUGCUUUCAAGUCUUCAAACUUUUUUUGGCCUUACUGGACACAUUUACACUACAAAAUAACCUACAUUUGUUGACUCUUGUGCCAACUUGAUUGUGUAACUCUUUGUGUAAGUCGUAUAUUGUAAAAAAAUUUAAAUAUUUACAUAUUUCUUUCUUUA